AUUGUUUUUGUGGGUUUUCAUCUCUCUGCAGAAUUCAAUUUGAAAUGGGGUUUCUUUCAAACAAACUCCAAAGGACUCAGAUCAAACCAGGCCAUCACAUCUACACUUACAGAGCUGUCUUUGCUUACUCUCACCAUGGCAUCUUUGUUGGAGGUAACAAAGUGGUCCAUUUUACUCGUGAUCCUCACACAAGCUCAAGCAGCAACACCUCUCUUGAUGUAAUGUCUGAAACACCCACAUCCUGUAGCACAUAUCCAGACUGUGGCUUUCGACAACCCAAAAGUGGCGUUGUUCUUUCCUGCCUGGAUUGCUUCCUUCGAGAUGGGGACCUCUAUAGUUUCGAAUAUGGCGUGACCCCAACUGUAUUCUUGGGCAGAGUACGAGGUGGCACUUGCACCACAGCCGUAUCAGAUGGGGUGGAUACAGUCAUCCACAGAGCCAUGCGUUUGCUUCAAAAUGGGUUUGGGAAGUAUGAUGUGUUUCAGAACAACUGUGAGGACUUUGCUUUGUAUUGCAAGACAGGGCUUUUAAUCAUGGAUAAGGUUGGGUGUGGAAGAAGUGGACAAGCUGCUUCUGUAUUGGGUGCUCCGUUGGCAGCUCUUCUAUCGUCCUCUCUGAAACUGUUGAUACCAAGUUCGGCAGGCGUUGCAACCGUGACAGCAGGAAUGUAUUGUAUGAGCAGAUAUGCAAGUGAUAUUGGAGUCAGAAGGGACGUUGUUAAGGUAGGUGUGGAGGAUCUUGGUGUGAAAUUGCGUUGGAUGGAUGAUCUAAAAGAAGAUGAAUCCAUAUGAUUUAUUGGAGUAGUAGGUUCAACGUUUUAUGAUUGUCUUUGUAAAUUACCUUAUUGGAGUAUUUGUGUUUUGGUUGGUUUGAAACAAAUUCAUUAUGUUAUUGGAAAUUCUGAUUCAUAUUAGUGGUGUUUUAUUCGAACC